AUGUUAUCUGUGGAGCGAUCUACUGGACCUUUCUGGAUAGAGGACGAAGAAGGUCCGAUGAGCGGACAUCUUCGUCGGGAUCGUGGCUGGAUGGAGGGUGAAGUGGACUAUCGGGGACAAAGCGCACGGCGUAUGGUUUAUUUCUUCAAGUUCAGAGAUGAGGCGGCGGAGCAAAACUACAAAGAUAAAAUCUGCAAGAUGAAAAGAACCCGCGAUGGACGAAUUAUCAUGAAUGCCAUUGAGACGUUCUUCGACAAUUUGGAAGAUCUGGGUAUGCUUGGGUACGAGUCCUAG